AUGACUGACGAGGUCGCUGCCCUGGCCGCAGACCAGGUAGAGGAGCUCCAGGAAGUUAACGAGGCCUCCAAGAGCCUUCUAGAAAGGACCAAAUUGCUGGAGCUGCGCGCAAUCAAGGCGGAAGAUGAGCGCGAUAUUAUCAGCACGCUCCUGGUUAGUCGCUGCAACGACAUUGAGGCAAAGCAUCUUACGCUUAUAACAGAGCUCCGUGAGAAGAUUGAGGACCUUGAGGCAGAGAAGUAUCUACUCAUGAAGAAGUUUCAGGAGCGCAUUGAGUCUGUUGAAAAGAACCGCACUGACGUCGUUGAUAAAUUAAAAGGUCAACUUGCGGAUGUUGAGAAGGACAGAGAUAGUAUCCUUGAUAACUUUCGUGCGAAGUGCAAGGAGCUCGAAGACAUGGAGAAGCUGUACUCUCAGGAGGCCAUGGAUGAGAAGAUUAAGGAGAUAGAAAAGUCUAAGGAGAAGGCCCUCCAUGAUUAUCGUAAGCAUCUGAAGAGCGUGGAGACGGAUAGAGACUAUCUGAUCAAUGAUCUGACGAGGCGUUUUGAGAAGGCCAAUCAAGACUUGUCUUAUCUCAUCGAGCUUAUUGAAAAGCUUCUUAUGCUUCAUCAGAUAAGGCUCGCAGAAACAGAGAACCAGCGUGAUGUGCUCAUUGCGAAGCUGAAGAAGCGCUUGGCAGAAAAUCAGAACCUUAGUGACCGCUUGGCCAAUCUCAAGGCCCUCUUGGCUACUCACGGUGAUGCAGAGUUCCUAGCGCUAAGCAAGAGGGCGUCUGAUGCUGAAUUCAAGAGGUCCUUGCAGGGAGGCGCUUUUCCAACCACUCAAUCUUUGUCUGCCAAGGGCCAAUCCGCUAAACAUCAGCUGAGCACAGAUAGCAAGAAGAAAAGGAGAAGUAAGGACAAGCACAAAUCCAGGAGCGACGAUGCACUAGACAGCGAGGAAACUCCGAGCCUCUCUUACAAGGCAUCUGCUGAGGCGCAAGCUAUUGAGGAUAGCCUUUCUUUCGAUAUGAUGAAUGCAUUCGAUGCCAAUUAUCUUUACCUCCUCGCAUACAACGGUUAG